AUGGAACCUGAGGAGAACAGGCCCUCGAGCCCAUCCACCCGCGACGGCCACCACGACGACGCCGAUAACCGCCCGACCACCGCUCUGCGUGUCGAUGGCGACGACCAAGACGAUGCCUCGUUCCUCCAUCAUCCCGAAAACGCCUCCGCUCACCAGUCGCAAAACAACAAGACCCCGAACGAGGACCCCUCCGACGACGGUGGGCCUGGUCAAGAACACAGCCAUAACCUUGACCGCGACACCGACACCGACCCAGACACCGGCCGCAAGACCCCCCUUUCCAAGCCGCCUGCCGGCCCCGAUCCCUCAAACGAAUCCAUGCUCCCUCCCCCACGACCUCAAACCUCUGCCGUCCCCGACACCAGCUUCGUCGAGGGCGCCACCUUUGACGACUCUCGUCAUGGCGACUCUUUGGCCGAGUCUGCCGUCCGCGCCCAUCUCCAGGACGUCGAGUCGAGCUUCGUCUCCCGCCUCUCUCCCAUCCCAACCAUAACCCACGAGGGCACCGACGACACCUACCUCUUCGACGGCGCCGCUUCGUCCGCAAGGUCCCCUGCACCCGCGAGACAACCCCCUGCCAGCCCCAGUCCCAUCCCCCGUCCGAGGCCCGAAGCGAACCACGACGACGACGACGACUCGGCCAUGUCCAACAUGAAUAACCUCUCUGAGCUGCGGCCCCAAGACUCUGCCUCUGCUGACGUCUCCAACACGACGUCCUCCCUCGAAACCAUGUCCUCGUCGCCCGCCGCCGCCGCCGCCGCCCGCACCAUUUCCAGGGCUUUGUCCAGCGCCAGCGGCCGCACCGACAAGCUGUCGCUGGCGCCCAUCCCGGCCGAGCAUACAGACGACGAUAUUUCCUUUUCUCGCGCAGAGUCCCCCGCCGGCUCCCCCUCCACCACCUUGCGCAGCAAACAGUCCGAUGGAAGCAUCCAUGGUGACCCCGUCGAUGCCGGCAGCACACCGGGGCAUGCCCUGAGCUACGGCACGCGGCCUAAGUAUCUGCGAAGUCGCGUCACCAGCCAGCGCUCCUCUGUCUCCUCCUUCGUCACCAACCCAGAUACCCACGAUGAUCUCGAGAGCGACGGCACCGCCAACCUGGGCGUCGACUUUGCCAUGCAUUCGGCCGGCGCUGCAACCACGUCGAGCCUGCCCCGUAGCCUCAGUAGCAUACUGUCACGCUCCGUGAGCAUGGGCAGCAUGGUCUCCGGCAUGGACGACCAGGACCCGCUACCCAACCAGCUCGAGACGCUCGAAGAGGCCGAGAACGCCUUCACGCCGCGGCGGCCGAGGCGAAACGAAGACCUCCUCGCCACGCCGAAACCCUCCAAAGAGAACCUCACCGCCCCCACCGACACCGUCAUCGCCCGGCACGUUAGAAACGUGCACGUGCCCGAGUCCCUGGCCAAGGAAUACAGGACCAAGAGCGGCUUCGUGACGCCCAGGAAGCCCUCGGACAUGCCCCUCGGCGCUUCCACCAGGUCUGGUAAGAACCUGACGCUCAAGGAGCAGAGCAGCACCAUCGAGCGGCUGUCCAAGGAGAAUUUCGACCUCAAGCUCAAGGUCAUGUUCCUCAGCGACCGCCUCGACAAGUUAUCCGAAGAGGGUGUCAAGGAGAUGAUUUCGGAGAACGUCGAGCUCAAGACGAACCUCGCCGUCAUCCAACGCGACAACAAGGCACUGCGGAGGAGGGUCAAGGAGCUGGAGAAGCAGCUCAAGGAGGACCAGGACCGACCCGGCACGGCCAAGAGCGGCGGCUCGUCCAACGACAGCUCCUCCGACCAGGAUGCCCAGGAGCGCGAGGAGGAGCUCAUCUACUUGCGCGAGCGCGUCGAGGAGUACGUCACCGAGAUCGAGAGGCUUCGCAACGACAGCAUGGCAAAGGAGGCAGAGAAGCGCAAGCUGAGCGAGGUCGUCAGGUCGCUGGGCGAGAGGACGAGCGGUAACCUCGGCACCCAGGAAGAGGCGGAUGUCUGGAAGGAUCUUCUCGAGCAGGAGACGGCACGGCGCGAGCAGUCUGACGAAGACAACCGCAAGCUCCGCGACGAGAUCUUCCGCAUGAAGCAGGAAAUGAGCAGCGGCCACGGCGGCCUGCACCACACGACCAACAUCUACAACAUCACCAAGAAACCCAGACAGACGUCACCCAGCCGCCCCGUGUCUGGCCUCUCGGGAGACCACGAGACCAACGGCGGUUUCAGUGCCGCCAGCACGUUGGUCGAGGAACUGCGCAGGGAGAGUGAGCAGCUGCGGCACGAGAAUGCCGAGCUGCGACGCGAAGUCGGCGCGCAGACCUCGAUGCUUACGUCGAGGAACCGCGAAAAGGAACGUCUUUACCAGGAGAUUGAGGAUCUCAAGAUGGCACAACGGCGGGGAGGCCCUGCGCCGUCGACAAUCGACUCUCUCCUGGAUCGUUCGGCAUCGCGGGCCGGUGCGCAUCGCAGGUCCAUAUCACGCGUGAGCGCCAGUAGGACUCAGAUAACAGAGGUUGACGAGCUGGAGCGUGAAGAGCUCGAGAACAAGCUCGCCGAGACGCGCGACAAGAUCAGCGAGAUCAAACUGCAGAACCAGGAACUCCAACGAGAGCUAGAGGGUUGCAUGGCCGACUUCGAGACCGCAGUCGAGGGCAAGAGGGAGGCAGAGGAAAUUGCUGUUGCCCUCCAGGAGGACCUGGACAACGCCAUGAACGACCUUGUGGCGCUGCAGGCCGAGCGAGACGAGGCGCUCAGGGAGCAAGCCGACAUGGAGACGGAGUUUGAGGCGCUGCGGAAAGAGGCACAAGAGGAGAUUGACGCCCUCGAAGGCGAGGCAGACCAACGCAACGACGAAAUCCAGAGACUCCAGCACGAGCUCAACGACAGGACCGAAAACUUUGAUGCACUGCAGGAGGAGAUGCGUAAGAUGAGCGAGGCCCUGGUGGGACUGGAGGACGAGCAGGCUGCCAAGAUCCGCAGGAUACAGCAGCUGGAGCAAGAGCUCGCGGACGCUAACAAGGAGUCCGAGGAGCUCGAGAACAAGCUGCUCGAGUCCAACGACAAGGCGCAGCGGCUCAGUGUGCAACAAGAGUCCAGCCAGGGCGAGAUCGCCUUCCUCCGCGAGGAGCAGGAGGGCGACAAGAUCCGCAUCGGCGAUCUCGAAGCGGCACUCGCCAACACCGAGCAGAGCUUACGCGACGAACGCGACAGGGUCAAGGAGCUCGAGCAACGCCUCGCGACGGAGCGCCGGCAGCACGAGAUGGUCUCCAACCAGGAGAAGGAGGAGGUGCAGCAGUUCGUCAACGAAAUUAACCGCGAAAUGUCGGCGGCCAAAGACGAAGCUCGGAGGUUGCGUAAGAGUCUUACCUCACGCGAAGUCGAAGCGACCGAAUGGAAGGAACGGCUCAUGGAGCUGGAGAACAAUCUCAGAGAGGCACUGGGCGAUCUUAACGGGACGCGUUCCAGCCUACUCAAGUCGAUUGCCAAGCUCCAGCGCGAGCUCGAGAACACGGUCCGCGAGCUGGACACCACCAAGGCGUCGCUUGUCGAGAAGGACCGCCUCAUCAAGCAGCGCGACGCGCUGCUCGAAUCCCACGGACUGGAGGCCCGCAAACUCUCAGGAGAGCUCGAGAAGGAGAGGCAAGCGCACCGCACGACGAGGAACCAGUUCGAGACGUUCCAGACUAGGCACGUUCACGUGUCCAACACGGCCAGCACGCAAGAGCAGCGCAUCUCGGAGCUCGAGUCGGCGCGCGCCCAGGACAAGAAGAGGAUGUCGCAGCUCGAGUCGACGUUCAAGGACCAGCUGACGGAGCGAAACAACCUCCUGCUGGUGCUGUGGACGCGGCUCUCAGCCCUCUGCGGCACAGAUUGGGCUCAUGACAACAGCCUCAUUAACGGGCGUGCCCUGCCCUCCCUCGAGGCCGUGGCCACGAUGCUGCCUGGCUUCAGCAAAAACCUCAUGGCGGCGGUCAAGACGAUCGAGACGAUGGUUGGCGGCUUCUCGUCCCGCAUCAAGGGUGUGGAGCGGGACCUGUGGCGCGAGUACCAGAGUCUCGAGACCAACCUCGAGGCCCGGACGAAGAAGCUGGAGCGGCUAGAGACCAUUGUGCGCAACAGUAUGACGUCGGGGACCCUCGGGUCGUACGAGCAGGCCAGGAUGUCGCGCUUGGAGGACGCCUACCGCCAGCUCAAGGUGGAAAACGCGACGCUGCGGACCGCGCAGGAUGUCAGAACCCGGGCCGCCUACUCGGCAACCAACGACCCCAGCGCGGCUGUCCCCGACCCCGCCAGCGGCAGCCCCUCGCCGUCCAUCCCCACGGGGCCUCGCGAGCGCGAACGAAAGGGCCGCAAGAGCGAGCGGACGCCGACGAUGACGCGCAGCGUCUCGAACCAAACCGUUACGGCGACGACGCCCGGCUCCAUCAACCACAACCCAUAUGAAAGCACGCUCGCAGAGAGGGAGCCGACGGACAACCGAUGGAUUUUCAAGCUACGCGACCUCGAGAACAAGCUCAAGGCAGAGCGCGAGGGACGCUCGCAGGACCGUAAUGCGGCCAGGCAGCGGCUGGGCGGGCUCGAGACGGAGAACCGCGAUCUCAGGAGCGAAGUGAGUCGGAUACGCAGGGCGAACGGGCAACUGGGAGACAGUUGA